AUGGCUGAGCAGCGGCUCCUCGCUCUGCGGUGCUGGGACGCAUGUCUGCGCUACGAACUUGCACGCUCUGAGCUGUGGGGCCGACUGCAGAGCGGCGCCACUUCUGACGUUGCUGCCUCCAGUACCGCACACGGCGCCACUGAUUGGCUGGAAGGAGACGCAGUGCCGUCUAUCGCCGACGAAACUGUGGCCAUAGCGCUUCGACACAUUGCCUGCGAGUACCUCACAGCAUCCGUAGAGGCCAUAAAUGGGAUGCUGCGCAACUUCAAGAGCUGGAACACCAAUACAACUGGCCACUCUGUCGGUGCUCAACGGGUUUCGUUGCGCAUCUUCACGUCGCUCUUAGGCUCGCUUGCACUUGUGGCAAGCCCGGCAAAAGUAAUCGAGGCCCUCUGGAGUUCGUUGCUCCACAUCGAUGGUCUCCUCGCCGAGUGUGUGUCGGAGGCGAGGGAAAGUCGUACUGUUGUUGAGUCUGACGAGUCUGAGGCGAGGGAGCAGCUGCUCUCCUCCAAACGGCGCUGGGAACACACCCGAAUGUUGCGCGAGCGCUUGCAGCAACACGUGCAUCUGGCGACGUUGCACACGGCGGCCGACGCGGGUGUGGGUGCCGACCGGAGCGUCUCACUGAUACGACGUGUUGUGCGUAUAGAGGAGGAACGGCAGCAGCAGCGGUCAGCGGAGGAGGCAGCGCGGGUGGAGCGACUUGGACACGUGGGUGACACACUGAAGACGCUGCAGGAGCAGCUGCGCGUCGCCGGCGAGUACGAGGCGCUAUCGUUGGCGUCGCUGCGGGACGAACAGGCGCGGCGCGUCGCCCAACUGCUUGACGAGUCCCGCGCCACACACAGUGCGGGCCGAGUAGGUCUGAUGGAGCGGCAGCUUGGGGUAUUGGGGCGCUUCGCCAUUGGACUCUCCGUUGCGAACCUCGGCAGGCGCGAGCACGAGGCGAUUCUUUGCCGAAUGCGUGAUGCUGGAACAUCCAACGACGCGGCGGCGGGCGACUUCACAUGGCUCAUCACCGAUAGCGCGGAAUUCGAGCACGACUACUGCGCAGCCUCUGUGCCGACGCCCGGCCAUGAUGCGUCGCCGCUCCAACAGUGCGUCCUUGACGCGUCGUACUACAAGGCAAGUGAGGCGACUUCGACAAGACGCGGGUGCGACAUCCCGCCGGAGGAUGAGCGCCGCCAUGUGGAGGCCGUACUGCAGGAAACAUUCGCCUCCCUGGCGCGGCUCAACUAUGUGGCGCUGCCCUUCCUGCAGUGCGAUGCCGCUGCGCUCGAUGCGGUCGUACUUUUUCCAUCCUUUGAACUUUUCGUAACACAGUGCGAGCUUAGUGUCAUUGGAUCUAGUAGACUCGCCUUCGUCCGGCAUUCCACGAGUCAGCUGGAUGCUGACGUAGCUGCGUAUGUGAAGUCGCUCGUGCAGCGGAAGGGAAGCUGGAUCGUAGACUACGCGAUGUCCUACGACGACUUCCUCGCGUUUCUUGUCGAUCAGGCAGCGGUGGAGUAUGUGCGUCAUGCAUACCUGCUCACCCCGAGGGCAUUGUUGACGCGCAUCGUACAGGAAUUCGUGGUGCCCAAGUGGCUUGCGCGCCUGAAGAGGGACGAGCAAGCAGCGGUACACAGCAAUGCGAUACGAGAGAGGCCGACAGGCUGCGUUACAACCGCCUCUCGGCCGGAUGCUGCUGAUGAUGAUGACAAAAAUAACAAGGACAACAAUGACUUAUGCCUGCUGCUGGACACUGCUGUUACGUGGCUGAGCAUUGCAAACCGCUCGCUACGGGACUUUGCGGUGGCGUAUCGCACACAUGUUGUGGAUUACGCGUGCGCCAUGAAGCCGGAGGGCGAGCAGACUAGCUGCAACACCACACGUGCACUAAUGGCGCUGCUGUUUCCCCCACAGGGGAAUACUCGGCUCCGCUGCAACGCGGAUAGGUGGGAGGCCUUGCAGCGUUCAUACGGUUCGACGUUUGCGGAGCUCAGUGAGCUAGUGGAGGAUGAUGGCAGUUUAGACGGCGUGACUGCAUGGCUCAGCCUUGUCAUUGAUGGCAUCAGCAGAGAGGACCUCAUGCAGCGAAUCGCCGACACCGUUGAUGCCAUCCUCCGUGCGAGUCUUGACGACGACGAUGACGGUGACGCAUGCCCAGCAAGGGGCAAACUGCGCAGCUGUUUGUCUCAUAACACACCCCUCUCGUGGAUUCUGACAUUGGCUCUGUGUGUUCGGUUGUCCUUUGAUAGCAGCGUCGUCACACCGCGACUGGACGGAAUGCUGCGUUUCCUCACCGUAUCGUGUUGA